GGCCACAGUCUGAGGCCGACGCUGGGAGGCGAGCGGGGUUCAAGACCUGGAGAGAGGGAGGUGGGGAACCCUGGAGAGAGCUCACCACUCACAGUGCCAUGGCCAGCAAAGGUCCAGAGGACGAGCACCCAUCUGUGACGCUCUUUCGCCAGUACCUGCGCAUCCGUACCGUCCAGCCCAAGCCUGACUAUGGGGCUGCCGUGGCUUUCCUAGAGGAAAGAGCCCACCAGCUGAGCCUGAGCUGUCAGAAAGUGGAGGUAGCACCUGGCUUUGUGGUGACCGUGCUGACCUGGCCAGGCACCAAUCCUGCACUCUCCUCUAUCUUGCUCAACUCUCACACGGAUGUGGUGCCUGUCUUCAAGGAACAUUGGAGUCAUGACCCCUUUGAGGCCUUCAAGGAUUCUGAUGGCUACAUCUAUGGCAGGGGCACCCAGGACAUGAAGUGUGUCAGCAUCCAGUACCUGGAGGCAGUGAGGAGGCUGAAGGUUGAGGGCCGCAGUUUCCCUAGAACCAUCCACAUGACCUUUGUGCCUGAUGAGGAGGUUGGGGGUCACCGUGGCAUGGAGCUGUUUGUGCAGCGGCCUGAGUUCCAGGCCCUGAGGGCUGGCUUUGCCCUGGAUGAGGGACUGGCCAACCCCACUGAUGCCUUCAGUGUGUUUUAUAGCGAGCGGAGUGUGUGGUGGGUACGAGUCACCAGCACUGGGAAGCCAGGCCAUGGCUCACGCUUCAUUGAGGACACAGCAGCAGAAAAGUUGCACAAGGUUGUGAGCACCAUCCUGGCAUUCCGGGAGAAGGAAAGGCAGAGGCUACAGUCAAACCCCCACCUGAAGGAAGGGGCAGUGACUUCUGUGAACCUGACUAAGCUAGAGGGUGGUGUGGCCUAUAACGUGGUACCUGCCACUAUGAGCGCUGGCUUUGACUUCCGUGUGGCACCAGACGUGGACCUGAAGGCUUUUGAGGAGCAGCUGCAUGCCUGGUGCCAGGCAGCUGGUGAGGGAGUCACCUUCGAGUUUGUUCAGAAGUGGACGAAGCCCCGAGUGACACCUACUGAUGACUCAGAUCCCUGGUGGGCAGCUUUUAGCCAGGUCUUCAAGGACAUGAACCUCACUCUGGAAGCAGAGAUCUUCCCUGCUACCACGGACAGCCGCUAUCUCCGCGCAAUGGGAGUCCCAGCUCUGGGCUUCUCACCCAUGAACCAUACACCUGUGCUGUUGCAUGACCAUGAUGAGCGGCUGCAUGAGGCUGUGUUCCUUCGUGGAAUAGACAUAUAUGCACACCUGCUGCCUGCCCUAGCCAGUGUACCCACCCUGCCCAGUGACAACUGAACCUGGGGAUUCCCAACCUCUGCCCCUGGAGCUUCCAUCUCAACUAGAACCAAAGACCUUGUCUUCCUUCUGCCCAAUAAUAAAGUCUGUGUCGGGGCAGGGUCUGUCUCUAAUGGCAAGGACA